GUGCGCUCGCCCUCUGCACAGUACAGACCAUUAAUUUAGGUUUUUGAUUUACAUCUGAUCAUGCAGAAUACAAGAAACAGCCGUGGAAUUCCUGAAGAUUAUUUAAUAAGAGAGCAUGCAAAGCUGAGUCAUUUAAAAGAGGUGGCUCAAGGUACUCAUUUAUACUAUAAAUACCUCUCCAAAGAAAACAUCCCUGAUUACCCUAAACCUGAGUUUCAUGUGGCUCAACUGAAACAUGACACACAGCGACGGGCACUACUUCGGAUCUGGAAGGACGAAGGCUUCAAGGAUCCUCGUGGAGGUUCCUCUGAUCCUCAAAAACACUCCCUGGUGUGGUGGAGUCUGGCUGUGGGAACUGAGGAGAUCCAGGAGGCUGAGGCGAGGCUCCUGAAGAGGACCUACCCAGACUGGACGGAGGAGCAGAAAGCGAAGCAGAAGAGCUUCCUGUGGAAGUUUGCCACCUCUCCAGCCUUCAGUGAGAAGUCCAUCUUUGGAUCGUACCGCUUCACCUUCACAGUGCAGGAGGUGCUGGAGGCCUACCGCAAGCAGUUUUGCUCCGGAGCUCCGCCCAUCAUGAGGGUGUACAAAACCUCCCUGUACAAACAGGAAGUGGUACAUGUUGUCCUGGUCCACAGCCCGGCCAAUCAGGAGCUCUUCUCAGAGUAUCCUUUGCUCCCUCAUAAUGACCUGAACGCUGUCUGCACUUACAAAGAUGGACGCUUCAUCUGGAGACCGGAGGCCAUGUGCGAGACACACGGCUAUGAGUUGAUCCGAAAACCUGACGAAAACCAGAUGUACACUCGGAGUCUAUUUGGGUCUGAUUGUCAGUUUUAUGUUUGGGAUAAUGUCGCCAUCGCCCUGUACGUGGAGCGCGGACAGGUGCUGAAGUUUGACUGUGACCUUCUGAGAGAGAACCUCACGUUCUGCAGAAAAACCGAUGGGAAUGUCCCAUUUGGAAUCCAAUUUGAUGACUUUAAAGCUGCUGAAGCCUUGGUGGAAGAUUUGUGGCCUGACUCAGGCUUCCAGGUGGAGGAGGAGCUUUCACUCAAGCAGCAUUUCAAAGAAGAACCAAAGGAGGAACCAAUGGAGGAUGAGGACUCCCAGCAGUGAGACGACUCCUGUGGUUUACUUUUAUGAAAACCAAACACGGAGCUUCAUAUUCGCGUGCUCUCAGCCUGCAGCUCUGAAUCUGAUGUGCCC